GUAAAAAGUAAGGACAGGCGCAGUUUUCGUCGGGAUUCGUUCGGCCGAUCCCCUCUCAGUCUUUUCGGGUGCUCCAUGUUUCUCGUUUCACAGUGCGGACCCGAGAAUUGCACAAAGCGCAAUGUAUGUGCGCCAUUGCUGUGGAGAAGAGCUACGAAAAGUUCUAUCAAAGUAUAUUCGGUUUUCACGUUACAAACCGACUUUAAAUGCAGAAUAACGUAACAGAAUUAACACACAGAUUGCUACGUUCACUGGACAGUAAUUAUAAUGUCAUCGAUAUGCCUGCAGUCAUUGAAAUCAUAUCCCUAUUGGAAAAAGUGGCUAUUACCAAAGAAUUAUUGGAGACCACCAGAUUGGGCAAAUACAUAAACGAAUUAAGAAAGAAGACUACAAAUGAAGCCUUAUCAAAGAGAGCAAAAGAAUUAGUUAAAAAAUGGAGAAAUGCCGUUUUACCUGAAUCCAAUGGUCAGUUAAAACAAAGCCCGCCUUUGCAACAACCCGUAAUCCUGUCAUCCGCCUUACCCGUAAGCCAGGAAGAUGUAAAUUUAAACCAGAUAAAAGCGAAGAAACGACCAGCAAAGGAAGCACUAGACAAUAUAAACAGUAAGAGGAUUAAGUUAAAUGGAGGCAUAUCAGAGUUAGACUUUUCUGAUAACUCCAAUUCGAGUUUUAAAGAUGUGAUAGCUACUGUAAAAACGGAACCAAAACGUGAUGUGAUUAUUAUUAAUUCAGAUUCGAAUUCUAGUAUGCCAGAAAAACACGAUCCGCCGUUAGAUCAACAGUUGCCUAAGAAGAGAGGCAGGAAAAAAGGAUCGAAGAACCACAGGUCUCUACUGGAUGAGGCCGAAAGUUCCUUCACUAGCAAACUAGCCGUUUCGAGGGGAAAUUCCAAAGUGAAAACCACCCAGGAGUUGGUCGCCAGUUUGCAGAGCAGGAAUUCGAGUUCCGUAUUAAAUUCCUUGGUGAAACCUAAAGAAGAUCUGACUGAGAAAGCAGCUAAGCUCACCGAACGCGUGUCUAUAAUUGACCAACAGCUGAACACCAAUGCCAACAGAAAUAAAAGCUCUCAACGCAACAAAUUCAAAUUCGAGAAGAACGAGAGGGUGAUAGAAUCUGGAUCUGUGAUCAACGAUAAAAGCCUUCUGAUUAAAAAAGAGGAGGAGGACGCCGUUGUAGUGGAUGCUGAAGAGGAAGAAGAUGAAGACGAGGAUCCGCACGAAGCAAAAGAAGAAUCCCAAACAAAAGUUAAAGAAGAGAGUCAAGAGACUGAAAACUUAAAUUUCGUUUCCGCCCUAAGUGUGGAAGACGCCUUGGCCCAGCUUCCCCCAAUUGACAAGUCGGUUCUCUUAGAAGAUGACGAAGUACAGUGUACCUGCAUACUCAAAGAGAACAAAUCAGAUUUCUCGGUGGAGGAAGAAGCGGAAAUCGACUUGGAACACAAGUUCGAGUUCGUGGAAGACCACAACUGCCAAGCCAAGUAUAAAUUAAGGGAAACCUACCACUUGGACCACGUGACCGACGAGAUGGUCGAAAGAUUACACAAUACCCUGAUACCAAAUGUAAAUGGUAACUCGAGCAUGGGGCCCCCAGCGCCUGAGCCCGUCAUGCAAGAGAACGGAUUGUAUGUGAAUGUAGUGCCUAAUGUAAAUAUAGAAAGUAUACCUAAAAAUGUGAAAAACUUUGCAGGUGAAAAUUUUAGUAGGUAUAGUUUCUCAGAGACGCCGGAAGUGAAGCAAGUGCCUGAGGAACGGACAGGAGGUGAUGUGUAUACUAGUGAUAAUAAAUGUUUUAGAGAAUGGCACGAGGUCACUGACACUACCUCGUACCAAGGUGAAAUUUUUAAAAUUUUGCCCUAUGUUAUUAUCGAUUGAAAUGCUAGUCUUUAUUAUUAUUACUAUUAUUAUUAUUCAUUAUUAUUACUACUGGCAUAUUUUUAGAGUAAGUACCGCUUUGAUAUAGAUAAACACACAGAGUGAGUUUUAUAUAUUAUGGAGCGCCUCAAUAUUCUCGAAAACGGUUUGCACGAUUUUUAUAGGUUUUAGUGUCUUAUGAUGCGGCCAAUAUUAUCCGCCGUAUUUACAUUGUUGUCAGAUCUUCCGUUUUUCUGAAACUUUAAUGAACUUAUUUCAAAUAAAACACCCGUUAUAUUUUUUACGUUUUUAAGUCCUGACAAAAUACCGAUUAUGUUUCAUUAUUGUUCCCUAUACUUAAAUGCCACAAAGCUACACCAUUUUUUUUUCACAUUUUUGUAAGCUAUAUUUUUGCUAAGAAUGUUUUUUUUUUAUAAAAUACUUACUUUUGAGUUAUUAAACCAUCUAAAAAGGUGUUUUUUUUUGUUGAAAAAUAGACAUAUUCACUCGCAAAUAAUUUGAAAAGGAUUAUCUCACUGAAAAAACUCUAUAGAACAAAAGUUUACACAAUAAAAGUAAAAAUUGCUUAGAAUUAGUUAGUUUAUCUACGAGAAGGGGUGGAACUCACCCCCAGGACAAAAGCACACAUCGGCACAAUAUCAUUUUUUUUCUUUGGCACGUUAGUUAUGUGUAUGCCAAAUUUCAUGUCGGUCCAAACGGUUCUCUAAAAUCCGGCUAUAACCAAAAAAACAAUGUUUUACAAUAAAACAUGGCAAAAAAUCUUAACGGGAGCUGGUAGAAGAUGGUUUGAACUUGAAUUUGGGUAGUUCUUAAUUUCAAAAAUAGUACAUAUUCAUUACUUGUGUUUUGUGCCUUGAAAAUCAUCGUUUUACAUUUUUUUUUUCAGUCUUAAUUUGUUAUAACUCAAAAACAGUCAACUUUAGAGACAAAUUACAAGAGAUCUUUUUUGUUCCGAAUGACCCAAAAACCCUAAAAUAUCUACCCGGGCCAAAAAAAUUGAUUUUCAUAAUGUGUUUAAGUAAAUGUAGAAAUAGCUCAGAAAUUAUGGUAUUUAGGUAUAGAGAACAUACACAAAAAUUAAUCAGUAUUUCUUAAGGACUUCAAAACGCAAAAUAUAUACAGGGUGCUCCAUUUGAAAUAAGAAAGUUCAUUAAAUUUCCAGAAAACCAAAAGAUCUGACAACCAUGUAAACACCACCAUAAUGUCUGCCGCAUUACCAGACCCUUACUCACUAAAACCUAUAAAAAUAGUCCAAGUCUGAGUCGGUCCAUAUAAUAUUAGAUUCACUCUGUAGGUAUAGAUGAUUUGCCGGACGAGUCUAGCCAUAAAAUCAAAUGGUAUUGAUUUCAAGUGACAAAAAACUACGAGGUUCGUAGUAAAUACGCCUAUAAUUUUGUUUUUAAUUAUAGAUAUGUUCAAGUAGGAACUAUCCUUGUUUCCCCAGGACAAAUUUAUAUCUGCUGUUCCAAAAUUUGAGGCUUAGGGUCUUAAACCAGGCUAAUCAACUAUAGUUCUCUUAAUAUUAUGUUUACCUGAAAACCUGUAUUAUUAUCAUCUAGUUGUCCAUAGUUUCCAUCAAAAUUAAUACUUUUAUAGUAUCAAUCAACUUGCUUUGGAAUAACGUCCUCAUAGAAAUGUGCAACACGUAUUGAUCUCCUCAUCGUAGACAUCAUCACCAAAUCUUCAAUCACAAUUGAAGGAUUGUGCUUAGUUCCAUAUCAUGAGUAUUUUAUGAACAUUUUAAAAAGCUCUAACUCAUUUAAGUAUAGUAAUUAAAAUCAAAACAGUUCUCUUCAAAACAUCGUCAAAAUCAAAGAAAAUUGUCGACAAUUAAAUUUGAAAUCCAACAAACCAGACAAAUGUUGACUGAAGAUGAAGAAUAUCAUUAUCAAAUAUUAUAUUGGGUUAUUGUGUAUUAUGAAGAUGUAUACAAUAAUCAUUUUUAUUAAAAUAAGCACUGUAGGACAAUAAGAUGAUACAUAUACAUCUUUAUUAUGAAUAUUCUUCAAAAAAUACUCCUUUUAUAAGCUAUAAUACCACCGUUAUUUAAAUUAAUACAAGGAAACUAUAUCAUUGCAUUUCUCCAUAAACUUUCCUGAUCUCCUAUUAAACAUCAGGCACUUUCACGACUUUAGCAUUAAGAAAACUAAUCACAGUGACUAUUUUCGUAGUCGCUGGCAUUUUUAAUCGUUUAAUGCCUGGUUGCACCAACAAAUCUUAAGCUCCAGCUUAGCCCAGCUCAGCUUAUAGAUAGGGCCGCUUUAAGUCUCACGGUGCACCAUAAUUUUCGAUUCUUAUCGAAGGACUACGUGUGGCAAUCCAUUGUGGAAAGCUGAAAGAUGGUGCAACACGUAUGUUUCGUAAGCUGAGCUUAAUGCACGUCUUCAGCUUAAUAGGCCAAUCAAGUUAGGUUUUUACUUGACAUAACGGAAAAGACGAGGUUUGACAGUUAAAAUGUGUAGUAUGAGAUAUUACAAAAAUACUACAAUCUUGGGAUUCAUCAAUUUUUUAGUGGAACAAUUUUUAAAUAAACAAUCAAAACGUCAAACUUAGUUUUUUGCUCAUAACUUAAAAACUUGUUUAUCUAGAGAUUUGACGUCCACAGGUAACUUUUUCAGAAAAUAAAGAUACAUCGAAUGAGAUACGCUAAAUGAAAAUCAUUUAAUAAGCAAAAAAGUUAUUGCAAAACGGACGACAAAAUCGCUGUUUUUGAAUAUUGUUAAUAACAAUUUUAUUGUUUAUUAAAAUAUGUUUAAAUAUACCUAAAUUUGAGGGCAUUAUAGUGUAUGAAUGGUGAGCAAAAAAUUGUCCAGAUCUGUUAAAUAAUUUGUGCAAAAUUGAAUUUGUUUAUAAAUUUUUUUUAAAAAUGAGCUAAUUUCUGAGGCUGGUCCAGUUAAUUUUGCUGAAUGGAUCUCAAUAAUCCGGGGCUCAUUUCCUUCGUUAAGAUGUAUACUAAUAGCCUAUGAAAAAAAAAGUAAAAAAAAAUUACACGUACGGACACAAAAUUAUUUGUUAAUAAAUAGCAGUUUUUAAGCUUGCUUAAAUAAGAUAGCUUAAAAUUCCAAUUCUACCAAUUCUAGAAAAAAACAUACUCCAUAUUCGGAUUCAGAGACCUCGAAAACAUAAGGAAUGACCAAAAUUUGUCAUUCAACUUGUUGAUUUUUGUGGUCGGUAUAACGUAUUUUUAGGGGUUGCUGGCGCUCGCCAGCCGUGCCCACGAUUCAGUCAGUCGACUACGCCCGCUAUUUUUUACUUUAGUCGGAAUGCAAAAUACUCUUUGUUUAUAACACUCUUGUUUAAACAAUUUUUAACAUUUUUUCUUGAUAAAAACUUUGUUAAAAACUUUGACUUUUCUUAUAAAAGAUUGAUUAAUUUCAUCUCUUAGUGUUGUUAAUUAACGUAACAGUGAUUUUUUCAAAAAAAAGGGGCCAUCUCAGCCCCCAAGGGUCGUAGGACCUAAAAUUUUUUUUUAGAAGUUGUGUAUUUUAGCUGGAUUUCCGUAUUUUUUAUUGCCAUUUAAUUUGAUCUAAUUUCUACGAAAUUAUUGUAAUUGUUUAUAAGCAUAAAAACUGCUAUUUAUUAACAAAUAAUUUUGUGUAUGUACAUGUAAUUUUUUUUUACUUUUUUUUUCAUAGGCUGUUAGUAUACAUCUUAACGAAUGAAAUGAGCCCCAGAAUAUUGAGAUACAUUCAGCCAAAUUAACUGGACCAGCCUCAGAAAUUAGCUCGUUUUUCAAAAAAUUUUAUAAACAAAUUCAAUUUUGCAAAAACAAUUUAACAGAUCUGGACCAUUUUUUGCACACGAUUCACACACCAUAAUGCCCUCAAGUUUAGGUAUAUUUAAACAUAUUUUAAUAAACAAUAAAAUUUUUAUUAACAAUAUUCAAUAAAACCGAUUUUGUCGUCCGUUUUGCAAUAACUUUUUUGUUUAUUAACCGAUUUUUAUGUAGCGUAUCUCAUUCGAUGUAUCUUUUUUUCUGAAAAAGUUACCUGUGGACGUCAAAUCUCUAAAUAAACAAGUUUUUAAGUUAUGAGCACAAAACUAAGUUUGACGUUUUGAUUGUUUAUUUAAAAAUUGUUCCACUAAAAAAUUGAUGAAUCCCAAGAUGGUUAGUCUUUUUGUAAUAUCUCAUACUACACAUUUCAACUGUCAAACCUCGUCUUUUCCAUUAUGUCGAAAAACGGCUUAUUUUUUACUAACUUGAUUAAUCUAUAAGAUCUGUUGGUGCAACCAGACAUUAGACACUUGAAAGUGGUCACAAAUUUAUGUGAACACAUCAGAAUAUUUCUGUGAUGCUCUUUGGAUUUUUCCAGACAGGUAUAUUUACACAGCGCACGUGCCUGAAGCGGUACUGACUUUAAAAAUGUGCCUUGUAUUCAGUUAUGUUCAGGGUAAAUGUAUAGAACAAUCAGAGCUACUUAGGGUGUUACAUGUGGUCCGUCACCAACGAAAAAAAUUAUUAUGUUGCAGAAAUUUCUUCGUUUCAAAAAUAAUUAAUUUUAUACAUAAUGAAACAAAAAUAUUGGUUAUAUAUUCGUAGUAAAAAUUACAGAAACAAUUAUUUGUGUAUAUUAUAAUCCCAAAAAGUUAUGAUUUAGCAAAUAAAUAUCCAUCUUUAUAAACUGGAGACAGGCUUUAUUCCAAUUUUUAUGUUUUUUUGUGCAUGAGCCCAAGGUUCCUAAAUUGUAAUUAUGUGUAUAUACAGUGAUGAGCGUGCUAAUAACCGGCAAAAUAGCGCAAAAGAUGGAAAACAUUAAAUUGUGAGAUAAAAAGAAAUAAAACUAGUAGAGUUGUUAAAUUUAGCGAUAGUAACAUAUAAAUUGGCAUUAUAUUGAUUGUUUCCCACCUUUGACGUAUCAGAGGAGUAUGCCAACUAAAACUGUCACUGUGACAGUGGCAUUUCUCAAAUUCGUUCGAUACGUCUAAAGGUGGGAAACAAUCAAUAUAAUGUCAAUCUAUAAGUUACUAUCGCUAAAUUUAACAUCUCCACUAGGUUCAUCUCUUUUUAUCUCACAACUUAAUAUGUUUUCCAUCUUUUGCGUCAUUUUGCCGGUUAUUAGUGCGCUCAUCACUGUAUACAGUAUAACUGGUAAAAUAGCUCAAAAGAUGGAAAACAUAAUACAUUGCGAAACAAAAAGAGAUGAAACUAGUGGAGGUGGAAAUUAUCGUUAUAAACGUAUUAAUUAACAUUACAUUACAUAGUUUCCCACCUUUAGACGUCUGUGACAGGAGUAUUUUAUAAAAUUCUACUGUCACAGUGACGGUUGUCAUGCUCCUCUGAUACGUCUAAAGGUGGGAAACUAUGUAGGUAAUGUAAUGUUAAUUAAUACGUUUAUAACGAUAAUUUCCACCUCAACUAGUUUCAUCUCUUUUUGUUUCGCAAUGUAUUAUGUUUUCCAUCUUUUGAGCUAUUUUGCCGGUUAUUAGCGCGCUCAUCACUGUAUAUAUACACCGUUUUUUGGCGACAACACCUUUCCGGUAGGGAUCUAUGGAGGAGUAUCACCAAGCCGCAAGCCCUUAUCCCCUACGAUACCGCUCCUCCAUAGGCCGACCAGACCAAGCCGUAGAUUUUGUAUACUUUUAGACUGCGACGUUAGCCUUUUAUUUUAAAUAUUUUUAUUUUAUUUCUCGUUUUUAAAAAGUUUUUAUUUAUUUAUAAACAUUGAUGUUUUGUAUUUUGAUAACGAUUUCGGAAAUAGAAAUCGAAACGUCAAAUAAACUUAAUUUCAAACUAAAAUUGUGGCUUAUACCCAACUGAAAUAAUAAUAAAACAUGAAUUUUUAUUUAAUUAAUUUUUUUUAACUAUUUCAUAUGUUAAGUGCAAUGCUAAGUUUUAUGCUGUAGUAUGCUUUAAUUGUUUUUAACUUUCCUUUUUUCUACCUUUAUUGAAACCAAAUUAAACAAAAAUAGCAGUUCCAAACAAAGCAAUUUUAGAAAUUCUUAAAAGACCGUAAAUGCAAAUUGUUGAUUAUUGUAGUGCAAUUUCUUGAGAAUUUUGCAUAUUGUAGUUACUUAUGCUUGAUCCAACUUCCAUCGAAAAUUUAAAAAUUCGAAAAGCUUACCCAAAUUUAUUUAUUCUUGUUUUUACAAUAUAUGACCAAUCUUUCUGUUACUUUCUGUAUAACAUGUCAUAAGGGAUAUACCAUAUUUAUUAUUAUGUUAUAUCGUUCCUAUAAAUUGGCAUAAAUGAUUAAAAAAUCAUAUGAGUGGUGCUUUAUGUUUUAUUUUGAAUAAUUUUUUAUUUGGGCAUAUCUAAAUGACAAAUUAGAGAAAAAAAUUUAUUUAGCAAGAUUUAAGUGUUUAAACAUCUUCAUAUUCAUUUAAGUAUGCAAACCUAAAAAAGUAUGCAAAAUAUAAAAUCAUUUUAUAUAAUUUUUAGUAAUGGGGUUAAUAUGGCACAUAUUUGAUUGAUUCACCAUAUCGUCCCUAUCAUUUCCAACUAUCGAAUGUGAAAAAUCGGGUUUUUCAGAUUCGAUACCUUGCCCUCGCAUUAUAUGUAAUACAUCUUGUGGCAAAUUCUCGUUAUUGUAGCUUGAUUAGGAGCGCGGAAAAUAUACAUACUGUUUAAACCAUCGAAUAUGAACAUUUUUUUAUAUUUGGUUGACUGCAAACUGACGAAAAUGGUUCUAUUCGAUACUUGUGUUUUGUAUAAAUAUAACUAAAGGUAUAUUUGUACAAUGCUAAAUGUCGAAUGUGUCACAUUCGUUAGUUUGUGUUGUAAUUUAUUCAACAGUUAUUCAAUUAUAAUCUGUAAACUGUCGAAAAUACUAAACUGCUGAGAAUAAAAUGCACGUGUGUACAAUUAGUGCGAAUUUUGUUUCAGUAUCGCUUCCAAGAAAUUCUUAUGAGGCAGUUUAUGAUUUCAUUUUAACGGAUUUUCAUUAUUUGAUUAUACAGUUACUCGCUAUUAUACAUUCGCUACUUUGAAUCAUCGGACCGAAACAAAUCUUUCAUUAAUACAAAAAGCAAAGUAACGAAUGUGAUUUUUUGGAGAGAAAAAAUGACAAGCAGUUCAAAGAGCCUAACCGGGUAAGAUGAUGAAAACUCCCCUUAACUCGAUUCGAAUUCCAUAUAGGUCACCGUUUAGCAUAUAUAGUGAAACUCACUUUUUGAAAUUUUUAGCCCCCUAGGUGGUCAUGUGACCCUAGAGCCUAAUUAGGGUUUUUAUGUUUUUAUUUUUUAUCUCGGCCGCAUCGAGAACUAGCGAAAAACUUUAAAUAAAAAAGUUGUAAGCUUUAAAAAGUUCUGUCCGCAAAUUUUUUUUUUAAUUUUUGGCGGGAAAUUUAAGUUUUAGAACGAUUCUAAAAUUUUAAAUGGGUAUAAAAAAAUAACUAAGACAUUCGUUUUCACGAAAAAAAUAUAUAACGUGUAUUUUUGCGUCACCCUGAAUUUUUUAAAAAUUUUAAAAUUGGUGAAACGCACCUUUAAAAAUAAAAAACCGCAUUUUUUCAGUUUUUUUUUCGUUUUUUGAUACAAUUUAAUACAUAUUUUUCAAAAAAGGUAACACCGUCACUACAAUAGGUAAAAAACUGAAAAAUAAUUGUGGUUUGCUUAAUAAAUUUUUUUUGUCAUUCCAUCCAUUUUCAAGAUACAGGGUGUUGAAGAAAACAAAAUUUUACACAUUUUUUACGAUUUUGCCGAAACUACUGGCAACAUUGUAAUAAAACUUGGCGGGUUUUAAGAGGUAGUUAUUGUGCAUGUUUUGACAUACAAUUAAGGAUUUGAUAUUCAUCAUUGGAGCGCAUACGGGUAAUGGUCUUAAUUUUCAAAGAAAAAAGGAUAGUACGCCACUGACAUAUUUCAAAUUAACAAUCAUUUUUGAAUUCCUGGUUAAAUUUGCGAUAAAAAAAUAUGUUCUUAUUUUUUCAUACGACGCGCCGUUUUCCUGCAAAAAAAUAAAAUAUUUAAACGCUUCCAAAGUAUUCGAAUUAGUUUUUAUAAUGGAUGUACGAGUUUAUGUAGACUAAAAGUUUGAAUACUUUGUAAGAGUUAAGAUGUUUUAUUUUUUUAAUAAAAUGGCGCGUCGUAUGAAAAAAUAGGAAGAUAGAUUCUCUGUCACAAAUUGAACGAGGAAUUUAAAAACGAUUGUUAAUUUGAAAUAUGUCAGUGGCGUACUAUCUUUUUUCUUUAAAAAGUUCAGAGCAUUACCCUUAUGCGCGCCAAUGAUAAAUAUAAAAUUCUAAAUUGUAUGUCAAAAAAUGCACAACAACUACCUCUUAAAACUCGCCACAUGUUAUUACAAUUUUGCCAGUAGUUUCGGCAAAAUCGUAAAAAAUGUGUAAAAUUUUGUUUUCUUCAACGCCCUGUAUCUUGAAAAUGGAUGUAAUGACAAAAAAAAUUCAUUAAGCAAACCCCAAUUAUUUUUCAGUUUUUUACCUAUUGUAGUGACGGUGUUACCUUUUUUGAAAAAUAUGUAUAAAAUUGUAUCAAAAAACGAAAAAAAAAACCGAAAAAAUGCGGUUUUUUAUUUUUAAAGGUGCGUUUCACCAAUUUUAAAAAUUUGAAAACAUUCAGGGUGAAACAUUAUGCAAAAAAUACUCGUUGUAUAUUUUUUUCGUGAAAACGAAUAUCCUAGUUAUUUUUUAUACUCUUUUAAAAUCGUUCUAAAAUUUAAAUUUCCCGCCAAAAAAUAAAAAAAAAUUUUAGGACAGAACUUUUUAAAGCUUUUCGCUUUUUUAAGUUUUUCGUUAGUUCUCGAUGCGGCUGUGAUAAAAAAUUAAAACUUAAAAACCCUAAUUAGGCUCUAGGUGGGUCACAUGACCACCUAGGGGGCUAAAAAUUUCAGAAAGUGAGUUUCACUAUAUAUGCUAAACGGUGACCUAUAUGGAAUUCGAAUCGAGUCGGGGGCAGUUUUCAUCAUCUUACUCGGCUAGGCCCUUUGUUAUCAAUCUAACAAGGAUUAAACAUUACAUACAAAAAAUAUAAAAAUUUUCCCAUUUGUCAAUGCGCUGAUUUAGGAAUCUCUAAAAAAGAGUUAUUUUGCUCUCCUGAAAAGUACCACUUUUCACAUUCGAUAGUUGGAAAUGGCAGGGACGAUAAUAAGAGUACAUACUUUGUGACAUACAUGCUUUGGGCCGUCUUACGAAUAAGACUGAUUCUUAGCUGUGCCGGUAUAGUAUCACCAUCUUUCUAAGAAACUAAUUAAUAUUCAGCUCAGCAGGGUGUUAUUGAUCGAGGUAUGAAAUUACAUAAACAAGGGAUCUACGUGUUUUAUGAAAUGAUCCCUUGUUUAUGUAAUUUCAUACCUCGAACAAUUGAUCUGAAUAUUAACGAGUCUCUUAGAAAGAUGAUAGUUCCUACUAUAAGCGGUAUGAUCUCUUAUGCUCUCAUAUUUUUUUCUAAUAAUAAUAUUUACCAUUAUUUUCCCUUUUACAACAAACUGUUAAAACUGCCAGAUUUUGCGUGAUGGGUACAUUUCUUUUGUAAUUUUAGCCCUUUUUUUUACAUUUUAUUAAUUUACAUCGAUAUUUUAUUCAAACAGGACAAAUAACGAUGCCGUGAUAAAAUGCAAAUUAGAACUAUGUAUAUAAAAAAAAUUUCUAGACAUGAUUAAAAUAAUAUCAUGUAUAUUAUACAUUAUAAAAUUUUAGUGCCUUCUUUUUCAAGUGCCAUAUAAUUCGUGAAUACUAUUAUGUCUUCACAUUUUAUAAUUUAAUAAUAAUAGGCGUAUAAUGGCAAAAUACGAUACGAAGUGAAAGAAAUGAACAGUUGCCAGUAGGGUAUGUGUCACGUAUACCAACAGGGACUAUAAAAUGUUCAAUCACUUUAAUUUAUCCCAUUAUUACUUUCGACUUGUACUUUUCAUUACAGUCAGUUUUGGCUUAAUCCGAUAUAAACAUAAUAUUUACCUUAGACAUGCCACAAUAAAACAGUUUCAGCAUCUUUUUAAAUAUAUUUUGGUCUCAGAUAAGCUAAACACUCUAUACUACCAUACAUCUUCUUUCUCUAUCGGCUGCUUCGCGAAAUAAUUCUACUGUGGAACCACACCAUUGUCUAAUAUAACGCAACAAUAAAAGUUUCUUUCGACUAAUCCAUCUCUUUCCCUCCACUUUUCCUUGUAUUAUAAGACGAAGUAGGUGGUAUUUAGGUCCUCUAAAUAUGGUCGAAGUAUUCAGUUUUUCUCCUCUUUUAUGGUGUUCAGGACUCCAUACAUACAAAUUAGUUAUGUAUUAGUAAUCAUUGUCAAUAGUUCUGUAUGAAUGAAAAACUAUUCCACCCUUUAUGGAAACCUCAACAGGCGUGUAGGAGUGUUGUAAAAUUACACACAUUAGACUCUUUCGUAUUUUACAAUCUUUUACAAUUGAAAAUAUCACAAGGAAAAAUUCCUGUACUGGCUGUAUACCAUAAAUCACAAAAAAUAAAAACCUUAUCUUGUAAAAGAUAUAUUUAAAAUCCCUAAAAAGGAUUGUAUCAGAACAAAACGUUUUCGGAAUCAGUAUUCCAUCAUCAGUGUUAUCACAGGUUUACAUGCUUUAAGCACCUAAGUGCGUGAGUUGUCACCUAAAUUCUGCCAUGUAAGGUUCUACCUACAAUUUCCCAACCAAUAUGGUUGAUGUCAUGUAAUGCCAGAGGUUAAUCUGAAAAUAUUUUUAACAUCCUUUAAAAUCGGAUAACAUAAUGUAAUCCCAACUGUUUAAAAUCAAUUUAAGGGUUUUUACCCGUACAUUUUGGUGACUUAAAGCAUGUAAACCUGUGAUAACACCGAUGAUGGAAUAUUGAUUCCGAAAACGUUUUGUUGUGAUACAGUCCUUUUUAGGGAUUUUAAAUAUACCUUUUACAAGAAAAGGUUUUUAUUUUUUCUUUUACAAUUGCUCGUGCAUGCGCGAAAAGGAAUAUCUACAAAUAAAUGCUAAUCUCUUCCAUACCAUGUUAAUAUGCUCUUAAGAUAGGAAAAUAUGAAGUAGGUUAAGGAUUUUUUUAAGAAAUUGAAGUUUAGUAAAUGUAAUUAACACACUCAGAGCCUUGCCACUUGGUUAUUUCGUCAACAUUAAUAUAUUUAAGAAACCAUUCUUCAUAUAUAUCUUCUAGGCCAUGGUGGUCUUUUAGUGUGCAUUUAAAAAUGCAGUUAAUAAAAAGUUACAAAUGUUUUGGGCCCAUUACUAGUGUUGGGUCACUUCUGCUGAUCUCUUUAAAGCAGCGGUAUCGAAAGUGCGAAUUGCCAUGCUGGUUGCCGACCUUCUUAGAGGAGAUGGCACAUGAAGAAGAAGAAGUGGUUCCAACGUGGCAGGGAACGUGUUAAGGAUUAUUACUUUCCUAUAAAGCCUUAGUUUUGCUCAGUAUAUGUAUGAGUGACCAAUAAAUACUUCUACUUUAAUAUUAUCUUCUGCAGUUCUCAAGUACAAUAUCUUCUUUUUGUUUUAAGAGCUUCCGAAUAUUUCCAAAGAACUAAUGUUUAGAUUAAAAAUAUAUUAACCUUCCGAUGACCAACCUUUUUUUGUUACACGGAUGACCAACGGGGGUAAAAAAUGACCUGGAAUGAAUGUUUUCAGCAUUUAAAUCUUCAUCUAACAAUACAUCCUCGUUUUCGGAUACUAUUUCAUCUUCUAUAUCAUCAUAAAAAUCGCUAGCAGUAACAAUUUCCUGUAACUCAGCCUCAGUAAGAUAUUUGCGGGCCAUAUCUUAUAUGUACACAAAAUACUAAGAACCUAUAAUAAUAUAUGCCAGGAAAUAAUAAUAAUGACUAACUGUAGCAGACAGGAAUGUCAUGAUUCAUACAUAACAGGCACCACAGUCUAAAAAUAGAUUUUGAUAACGCGCAGUGUAAAAUUACUUGGAAUUCCACAUAAUAGACGGUAUUUUACUAAACAUCAACUUCAGAAUAUAUUGUUUAUUCGUAAAAUAUAGGGAAUUUUUUUAUUUCAAAAUAUGAGGAUAUCUAGAAUGACAUUAAAGUCAAAUAAAAAAAUAAUGAGUUAAAAAUUGAAAAUACUUUUGAAUUUAUUAAAGAAAAACAUACGCUGGGGUCCAAAUUUACCCCCUUGGUCAUCCGAAGGUUAAUACAAAUAAUUUAUAAAAAACUCAUUUUUCUUCUAAUCUACACGAUACUCACCCUUUUGUCUAACACUGCAUAAAUGAAUUUUCUUAUUCGCUGAUCAGCUGGUAAACGACAUUGCAUAGUUUUACAAGUACUGUAUUUAUCAUCCAUAAACAUCUAUUUAGUUUUGCGAAAAUUUAAAUGUUUCUAGAAAGUAUGAUAAGAAAGAAAACAACAUGAAGUACCAAUCAACAAAUAUGGGAUUAGUUCAAAAAGUUAUAUAAAGAAUAUAGUCCAGGAACUGAGGGUUUGAAAAACACAUACUUGCAGUUUUAGUGCUAGUUAUCAUUAUCAUCUAUGACAAGGAUAGUAUUGAAGAAAGCAACAUUUUUAUGUAUCUGGAAAAUAAUUAAUUGAUUGUUGAUCGUGUUAUAAAUAAACUGGCACAUCUACGUUUCACUAACGUCAAAUAACUAUUUAUCAAAGAAGUAUUUACUCUUCGAAUAAAUUGACAAGUUAAUCUCGCUUUAAAUAUCUAUAAAAAAGAAAAUUCGUCAGUUUAACUUUAAAUUAUCAAAAUUGUAUUGAAACACAAUAAAAAUACGAUCGCCUAAUAAAUGUUAUUCAACGAAUAACUAUUCAUUGAUUUAUUUGUUGUUGGUGAAACCGGCCCUUAUUGGAGUAAAUUAUAGACAUAAUUGAAUAAUAAUUAUCGAUGUACAUUAGUAUUUGUUAAAAUUAUAUUUUAAAAAUUUUUGGAUGGUGACUUUUAUAUUAUACACUAGAAUCUCUGCAUUUGGUAAGAGCAUUUUGGUAAACCUUUUACUAUAUCAAGUGUUUCAAUUAUAGGUGCUUCCAAGUUUAAGUGUAACACAAACUCUGAUUGAUCUAUAAAUUUAUCAAAUUUAAACAGAUGGGAUGUUUGCGAAUAGAACGAGUGUUAUUUGUUUAUGUUGAAAGUUACAAAUAUUCAAAGUAUAAGAAAUGUUCAGGAAACAUCGUGAAACUAAGGUGUUAUAUUCUUUCAUAAAGAAUUUUAUACAUAUCUAUCAUUAUUGCAUCAAUAGAAAAAAACAAUGUAAAAUGCUGUGAAAUAUAUUUCAGUUUGUAUUAUUCGUUUAAAAUUGUUUAUUUUUAUUUUCUUCUAGGUUAGAUACAUAUUAUAUACAGUAUGUCUGAAAAAGUUGGCAACAAAUAGGGCAUUCCAAUAUGCUGUCAAAAUUAAAUCAAUAUGGCGGCUGGGAGCAAACAUAAAUGUUAUUCUGUGAGUUCUUAAUGUGUUUUAGAUCAUUUUAGUUGCGUUUCUUUGUAAUUUUGUUUUGUACAAGGAUUAAUUUAACAUUUUCACUUUUAGAAUUAAUUUAAAAAGAUAAUAUGCCAUAUUUCUGUUGCGUUUUGAAGUCUGGAAUGCGAAGUAAUCCUGAUAAAGUUCAGUUUUAUCGGUUACCAUCAACGCUAUAUUUUAAGCAUAAAACUAAACUAAAUAAGUUAUCAUUUGAAAGACAAAAAAAUGGUUGAAUGCUAUAAAACAUCCCAUAAAACUGCUAAAUAGCUAUGUCCAUGUUACUUACGCUUAGAAAAAGUCUCCAGUGUAGGUUAACUCGGACUCCUUGAGGGAAAAUGGAUCUAUGUUAUUUAUUUUGCCUUACUGUGUUAUAUUUUGCUUUUAACCUUCUAGCAACAUAUGUAUUGUCUACCAACAACUUUCGAAAAUAUUCACUCAUGUUCAUUUAUUCACUGCUUAAAACUAAGUAAAACACUUCUACAACUAAAAACUACACGAAAUCAAUAACAAAAUGUUCGGAAAAUACAACUAAAAAACUAUUAAAGUGAAAAAUUUAAGAAACACAAUGUGGCACAAAUAUAAUGUUUGUCCCCCAGCGGUGUCAUAAACGUCGAAGUCUUAGAAUGCCCUAUUAGGCAAGGCGAAAACGGCGGGUUCUUUGGAGAAAAUACUCCCAUGAGAUCUUUUUGCAUAAUCACAUUCGUGAGACAUUCCAGAAUAAGAUUCAAGAAAUCCCCCCCCCCCGCGGAAAGUGGUCCAAAUUUUUUUUAAUCUAACUGCAAAAAAUCAAUGUUUUUGGCCCGGACAAUUUUUUUUUAGGUUUUUUGGACUAAGCUGCCAUAAUCUUUAACACGGGAUCAGUCGCGCUGUUAAAAAAUUCAACAUUUUAUCCUUUUCCGUGCUAGCUUGAUGAAAAAUUUCGCAACAUAGCUUUCCAUUCGUAAGUACCUCGAGGAACAGUGUAGUAAUGCACAUGUCCAAGUAUUCGCUCUGAGCUUUAAAAAAGUGUCAAAGCAAAAUCUACCGACCUGCUCAUGGUGGCGGUUGCUUGAAUCUUUGUAAGGACGCUAUAUUGUAUGUUUAAAUGGGACAUUUUAAAAAAAAUGCCAUAUCACGUUAUUUGUUGUGUUGUUCACUGUAAAAAUACAUGGAAAACUAGUGAUGUGAAAUACUUUUAUUUUCCUCAUUCCCAAAAAAAUUAGAUCAAAGAAUAAAAUUAAUUAACGCUGUUAUAAGGAUGAAGUGAGGUUAACUUUUUCUAUAUAUACAAAGGAUGUGGCAAUAUACACAUGAUAUAAUAAUAUUCUUAUUCUCAUGAUCAUUUUUCAGUGCGUCACAGUUUUUCGAUUUCUCUCUAAUGGAUUAAGUUUGAUGAGACGGAAAAAGCGGUAGCUCCGUGAUUAAACACAAAAAUAAUGCAGCAUUACCAUGGUUAUAUACAUAAGACGUCUAUUCCUAACCUACGUUUGCUUCGUUGAUAUUUAGAAUGCGCGUUUUUUCUAGCCAAUCAAAUACACGUAUUACGAACAUUUGACGAAAACUUCGUCCAUUUUGGCCAAUUUUUAGAAGUGUCAAAGAGUCAAGUGACGGUUAUUAUUCAGGUCAGUAUUUUGUGUACCUAUCAUUUUGAAAUUUCGAAUUCGACUUCCCUUGUGUUUCACAACGUUUUUGUGCAUUAUUUUGUGUUUUGGUUUAGAAUUUAGUUCGUUAAAAGUUAGUUUUGUAUUUUGGUUUAGAAUUUAAUUCGUUAGAAGUUAGUUUAUACUCCAGGUUAUUAUGCAAGAAAAAUAUCCAUAGUAAGGAGACGUAACUCAUGGCUGAAGAACCUUAGGAACUGGUUUCGAUGUAAUAACAAUGAAUUAUUUAGAGCCGCGGUUUCAGAAAUAAAGAUCGCUCUGAUGAUUACCAACUUUUGAAGCGGAGACAGCACGUAGAGAAGAUAAAAAUACAGUUUAUGGAUAGUUUCGUGUCAUUUUUGAAUGUUUCCAUAUUUAUAAAUUUAAUUAACAAUAUUGUUUACUUUUUAAUUUUAUUCCCCUCUAUAAAAAAUACCUACAUGUUAACAUAUUGUGUAAAAAUAAAAUCUACUAAAUUACUAAUUAGUUUAAUUCCACAAGCUUUUCACCUAUGGCGAAGUACGAUUCUGGCAUCUGUCAGAUUCGUCAAUAAUUACAUGAAAUAACUCUCGACACACCCAAUACAGUAUAUGACGUCAUAAUUAAUGACGCGCUGAAAAAUGAUCAUGAGAACAAGAAUAUUUACGUUUUUAUAAGUUUUGUACAGCUGGUUCCUAAAAAAGCUGAUACGACUCUUAGUAAGAUUUGAGCAGUGUAUGAUUGGUCUGACAUUAUAUUAUAUUUAUUAUGACAGACAAAUAAUAAAAUAAACAAACAAGCCAUUUUUUGAGGUUGAAGUUAUCUGACAAAUUUUAAGAUUUGGCAGUGACAGUGACAGUAUGUAAAUAAUAAGUGUUUAUCCUUCAAAAUAUAAUAAAUUAAAUAUAAUUAAACUCAUUCAUUAUAUCACACCUCAUCAAAAGCUUUUUACAAGAACAUAGUCAGCGAUUUUGACAUGGCUUAGAGCCAGACUACAUCAAGAUCCCCUAUAAAUCGUGCUGGUAAUUGCCUUGCAGCGAGACCAAAAAGAAGAAGAAGAAGAAAGUACACUGCUCAAUUUUCUACAAAAUACGCUUUAAGAGUCGUAUCAGUUUUUUUUUUGGAACCAGCUGUACAUAUUACAUACACUUUUUAGCUCUGAUAAAUCCGAAUUGACUCGCUAUCGCAAAUUAUGUCGAUAAAUCUUUAUUAACGACAAAAAAUAUUUUUGUUGAACUAUAAAUGACAUAAAAAAUAAGUACUGAAUUCUAACACUUUGUAUUCGUUUAUUAUCACUAGAAAAUAAAAUAUUCAAGUUUAACAAAAUAAUCCCAUAAGAGUCAAUACUAAAACGUCCUUACAAAACUGACAGCGUGUCACGUGACUGUAAAUUUCUGUAAAUAGAGGGGAAACGCACGGAGCCAAUACCGGACAGUAGAUAGUAGAAUUGACUUUUGUUAGAUACAAUCUAACGACGCGACUGAAAACGUAUGUCAAAAUUUUCAAUUAUAAUUUUCUAGUAUUGUGCCUAAGAGUCUUUCAGAUAUCUAUACUCUCUACCAACGGCGUAACCAGGAUGGCCCUAAGGGGGGUGGGGUUACAACUACUGAAAGGUCUCUAGCGGGUAUGGUGUUAAGCGUAUAGAGCUCAAAGUACAUCCCAAUGGAGGGGGUGGUUAUAACCCCCAGAACCCACCUGGUUACGUCUGUGCUCUCUACCUAUCUAAACGAUCUCUAUAUUAACCGUAACCAUAAAUUAACAGUUGUAAGCUCUUUGCGCAAAAAUUGUCACGACGCGACGUACUAUAAUCGGAAUUACAUACUGUUGUUAUAUUUUGGUGUUUGGUCCGUUUCUUUGUAUCUGUUAUCUUUUAUUAUAGCCUUUGUUUUGUUUUCGUAUAUCCCUCGUGUUAGAAAUAGAUAUUUUUAACAUAAAAAUACUAUCAAAUAAAAAUUUGUUUUAAAUACGUAUUGUUAGAUAAAAUGUAACGCGCGACCGAUCGUGUGACAGAAAAGCGCGCUACUGUUCCCGGGAAUGUUCAGGAUAACAGACAUCCUGAAAAUUUACAUUUUGCAACAGUGAGUAAAAUAAUGAAAAAGUUCAAGAGUUGUGGAAAUGUUGAUAAUAAAUUCAAAAAGAAGCAUCAGCAUUCAAAAUCGAGUAAUGCUCUCGGCAGUAGAAAACCCUAAAGAUUCGUGAAAGAAAACGUCAGCUUUAUUUAGUGUGAGUAAAGAUGUUUCAACCAUAUUAAAAUCAAACUUUAAGUUCAUCACACAAAUUUAAGUAUUAAAAUCACACCCUAGUUCACUCAUACCCUAAAAGCAGGAGAUCUUGAUAGAGGGUUUGAAUUUUAUGCUUGGUUCCAAGGAAAGUUAGUAAGAUAAUAUUUUUAUUUCAUGGUGUAUAUUUUUUUUUCGGACAAAGCAAGUCUAAUGGGGUGGGCAACUCACAACAUUGCCGUUGUAUGGACCAUUCUUUUUUUUCGAACUACUAUGAAUGAUAAAUGUUACCUAGAAUUUUUAUGAAAUAAUAUUCCUGAAUUCCUUGAUAACCUACCAAUAAUAGAAAGGCAAUGUAUAUGGUACCAACAUGAUGAAGCACCAUGUCAUAAUAGAAAUUUUCAAGAAUUUCUUCUACAAAUUUUUAACGGAAAAGUAAUUAGAAGAUUUGUAGACGUUGCUUGGCCUGCAAGGUCUCCGGACCUGAACCCCUUAGACUUCUUCUUAUGGGGAUACUUGAAACAAAAAGUGCACCUUAAAAGACCAUUAGAAAAUAUUAAUCAUUUGGAAAGAACAAUUAGGGAAGCAUGUGACGGUGUUACUCCAGCUAUUAUUAAAAUAAUUUUCUCAAAGAACAAUUAUCUGCUUAGAAAGGGACGGUAGAUACGUUGAGGCGUAUGUGCAAUGAGGAAAAAGUUAAACGUAUUUUUCUUUUUAUCUGAUAUUGUAUUUUGAAAAAAAGUAAUUCUAAUUAUAUUAUUUGUCUACAUUAUAUUAUUGAUUACUUCAUUCAUAGGAGAUUCUGACCAAUAGAAAGGUACAGAAAUAAAAAUUAAAGUGACAUUAAUGACAAUUACUGUUUUUAAAAAUUAUAAAAGUGAUGACUUUCAACCGUCAAAUAUUUAUAACAACUGUUUAUUUAAUUGUACUAAUUUGUACUUACAUAAAUAAAUUACAAUAAAAUUUUGGUUCUGAACAGUUUUAUUCAUGAAAUAAUAACAAAUUGCACUCAAUCUCUAAAAUUAUUAUCGAAUUUUUGGCCUCGUGAUACUUUGACAUAAUUUCACUCCCCUUCGGGCCGUGAAAUUAAAACUGUCAAAGUGUCACUCGGAAAAAAUUCGAUAAUUUUAGAGUUCUUGUGCAAUUACUACUGAUUAUUUCAUUCAUAGGAGAUUCUGACCAAUAGAAAGCUACAGAAAUCUAAAUUAAAUUGAUAAUUUUUGAUAAUUUCCCGUCGUCAAGUAUAUUACGUCAGAUGCCCUUCGUUGCUACGAAAAAAUACAUUCAGUAACAUUAAUGACAAUUAAUGUUUUAAAAAUGAUAAAAGUGAUGACUUUCAACCGUAAAAUAUUUAUAACAACUGUGUGUUUAAUUGUACUAAUUUGUACUUACAUAAAUAAAUUACAAUAAAAUUUUA